AUGCCGGACAAGGUCUUCACACUCGGAGAUGGUUUGGUGUUAUGGGUCGAUUUGCUGCAAGAGAAAAAAGUGAAGAAAUUCCUCCCAGGAGUUAGGCUUUUUGGGGAUGUCACCUGUGUUGAUGGUCUGAUCAAGUUUAUUGAGAUAGAACACCAUGUGAUUGUAAGAGAGAUUACAGAUGAUCCUCCUGAAAAGCCUUUUGACCCAAGGACCAAGGAUGUGUUCUAUGAUUCAGAAUUGAUCAUGCUGAGCAAGCACAAACCAGUGGAAAACAAGCCUAAGAUUCAGCGCUCAGCGAAUGGUUGGAGUGCCACUAUAUGGACUAGGGAGAUAGGGUCGAACUUUUGGCUCAAAGGAAGCGUUGUUGAUGUGAAUGACAUUUUGGUCGAUGACUCGGUGUUUACAGCGUCGGUGUCCAGCAAGAAGAGUGAAUCUGCUGUGAGCCUGACAUUCAAGAACCUGCAGUGUGCUCGGCCCACCCUGAGCACGGACGGUAAUGACAUCCUUUACCUCAAGUUGUUUAGCCGGCAAUUGGGUGUACCGGUGCUGGCUGCUGUCGACCUUGUGGAGAAGACACUGAAAGUAGAAGCACCUGGAGUGCGUACUUUUGGAAAAUACCCCCCUUCGCAGCAAAUAUUGCGUCCCUGUGCAUUGGCGAACAACCUGAAAAUGACUCCAGGCAUUAAAGUCUCAGCAAGCCAGAUUGCACUGAUGGACAGCUCUGCCAAUAAGCCAAACAGUACAGCUAUCCGUGUGGGUGAGCCCAUUUCCUAUGAAUCUGAGAACAAACGUCCAAGGCAGCUAAUAUUGGAGCUCUUUUGUAUAAUCGGAUUUGCUGUCCUCAGGCUCUUGGCUGAGAAAGUCAACCAUGCACAAAAUGGAGCUCAGAGUACUGUACAGAAUGUUCUUAUCUCACAGGCCCAUCCUAAUCAAAAUAAUAUGCCUCCGCGGCUAUGCUUUAACAGGUACGAGCAGCCUGGAUACAGUGGAUACUCAUCAUGGCCCCAUCAGAACAAUCCGGCACACCUCAUCUAUACUUCAACAACAGGCAUGGAGCCAGCUACCAUGGGAAUUGGCAGCAGCAUUAACCCAUAUGCGUAUGGUGCCCACUCAGGCACUGGCAUCUACCAUCAGCGCUGA